GGUAGUGACCUCCCUGUGUACCUCACGGGCCUCAGAAGGACAUAGGAACCCAGAAGUCAUCAGAUUGUGCACCCCGAGUCAGGCCUGGACCUCCCACCCACAGCCUUUGGGCUUCCCUGCCCUGAGACGCUUCAGCCAGGAUGAGCAGAACUCUCAGACGGUCGGCUAUGGGCUCCAGAAUGGGCGCGCUGGCGAGUCCUGGUCUCGCCCUUCUCCUGUCCCUCACCGCCCACUGCUCGGGUCCUCAGACUAAGGACUUGCCCAAGGGAGGACUAAAUGCUAGCGAAGCCAACACAUGGGUCAGGGACAACACCUCCCUCCUGCAAAACUUCUGGUGCUUGCCAGCCAGCCAGCUGCCCCGGGAACAGCUCUCCAGUUUAAUCAGGAGCCUGGCUUCACAGAGGGUGGCACUCAAAGCCUGGCAGCUCAGCUGCUUGGCCAACCUUGCUGCACGGCUAGGUCUCCAGGACGACUUCCAGUUCCACCCACCCAACCUUCUACUUUUCUACAACCUGAGCCAGGUGGGGGACACUAACUGCCGGGCCUUCAUUCACCGCGCUGCCCAGGGGGACACAGAACUGCUGGCCAACCUACCCAACCAGAGAGUUGCUCUGCAGCGCACAGCCAUGGCCUGUCUGGGGGGACCCCACCUACCGCUCAGUGCCUCAGACCUGUGGCUUCUUGGUGUCCUGGUAUGUGACAUGGAGGCACCACAAAUCGUGACCGCAGACCCCAGUGUCCUGAAGAACCUGCUUCGCUGCCCAGGGCUUACUGUCAUGCAGACUGCUGCCCUCAACACCCUGCUGGCCAACGGGAAGACGCAAAUCGGGCCUCCUGGCUCCUGGAACCUGGAAGGGCUACAGGCCCUGGGACCUCUGGCUACCUACAUCAGCCCCCACCUGUGGGAGAAGGUGCAGGAGGCUGUGGGGUUAGACUUCUUCCGCAGCAUGGUGGCUGCUUGCCGAGCAGGCCAGCUGAGCAGACGCGAUGCCAGACGCUUCGUCACCAACUUCCUGGAGUCCAAAGCCAAUUCAGUGUCCUCAAGGUCCAAGCGGCGCACAGGGAGAUCCUGUGUCCGUGGCAACAUCACAGCAGCCACCCUGCACGACGACCUCUUCCUGGUGCACUACGACUGCACCCAGCUGGAGUCCUGCCUAGGCACACGUGUGCUCAGGGCCAACCUGGACCCGUUGCUCCAACACCCGCUGCCUGCAGAGUGCCAGCAUGUUGUCAAAACCAAACUUGCUCAGAUCUACCCACACGGCAUCCCCGAGGACCAGCUGCACCUCAUCCCCUCGCUGGUCUACCUCUACUCCCUCGCUGAAAUAGGCCAGUGGAACAUCACAUCCGGAGACACAGUGAUGAUCCUGCUGGCCUCAGACGCGGCUCUGGACAACCAGACAGAGGCAGUUCUCCAGAGGUUCUUGGACCAUAACGGCAAGGUCACUGGAGCUCUUCUGGUAGCCAUCGGGAGUUCCCGUCUCUGCUGGAUGAGCAUCGAGCAGAUCCAGAUCAUCCAGCCCUCAGAGUUCCGGCUGGCUGGAGCUCCAGACGUCUCUCCCUGCCCUCAGAGUCGGAAGGACGUGCUCUUCGCCAAGGCUCAUGAGGCCUUUAGGAACACCAGCAACGUGGGAGAAUACUACUACUUAAUACGCCCCUACCUCGGUGGUGCCCCCUUGGAGGAACUUCAAUACCUGGCCCAGGCCAACAUCUCCAUGGAUAUUGACACAUUCACCAACCUCAACCCCCUGACGUUGAAGAGCAUGGGUGUGGACAGUGUGAGAAGUCUGCUGGGCCAGAACGUGGGAGAUCUGCAGAAGGCCCGAAACCAUCCAAAUGUCAUCCUGUGGAUGCACAGUCACAACAUGUCAGAUCUGUCUGAGAUGGGCCUGGACACCAGCCCCACGCUGCCCUAUGUGACCAACAGGCCCCCCAACACUGCCUACCCACCAUCCAGUUUGAUCCAGUCCUCCGAUCUGUCAGGGAAUGAUGGUGUUUCCCACGCCUCAGGAAGUCCUCCAGUCCAUCUGUCACUUGCUGUGGCUCUGCCCUCCAGCCUUCUGUGGCUGCUACUGUGUCAGUUACCUUCGGGACAAAUGGCCACUGCUCACAGGACAUUAGGACUCUGGCCAUCGCCAAUGGCACUGACCCAGGACAGUCAGACCCCUGAACAUCAGAUUCAGGAGAACUGGAGCUGCUAGGUGGAACAGGACACCUGCCUAGGCUGAAGUACAUGUUUCUGGCCCCCAGGGGACCUGCUGCUGUGUCCCCCCUCCUAGGAGAAUGACUCUGGCCCAUAAGGCACUAGAACCUGCCCAACCUCAAGGACCAGGUGGUAUAGAGUUCAGCUCUUCUGCCCUAUUCCAAGACAAGUGGAACUUGGUGUUACUUGAAUGUCUCUUGCCCUCACUGGUGGGUCUGAAUAAAGCACAAGGCUACUGUACAGCA